AUGGCCUCGCGUUGUGCCAACCACUGCACCGAGCUUGAAGCAGCUCAGAAGUUCCUGGAACAGGCAGCCAUCGAGAACCUGAAGCAGCCUCCUGCUGCUUCUACUAAAGGGAAGCAGCCUGUAAAGAAGGCCUCAAAGGUGGAGGAGAAAGAUGCUUCCAGGCGCCAUCAAGCCAUCGAGAAGCAAAUAGCCAAGGUGCGUCAGCCCUCUUCUCGUGUAACAUCUGCACGCCCUUCCUCUCCGGUUGCAUUCAGUGAAGUGGAUUUGGAGGAGCCUGGACCUUCUUCGAGACCUGGUUUCCAAACUUGGUCCCCUGAUGUGUCCAGAAGAGGUGCAUCUCCAAUUCCUUCUGAAGGCGACAGUCAAGCUGAGGAUCUUCAGGGAGAUUCGGCACCUUGGCAGCAGCGUGGGCGCAGUAGACGGGGGGUGGAACCCCCCUUCCCUUCUACUGCAUCUGCAGCCAGGCCUAUUGACCCUUCUGAUUAUGAUGUCCCAAUGAAUCUUCAACUCCUGAUAGACAAAGCAAUCAGGAAGUGCAUCUCAGAAGGGCCCAAUCCUCUGGCUUCUGAUUGCAGAUUCUUCAACGUGGGGCCUGAACUUACCAAGACUCUUCAGGUCCCCACAGUUGAUGCUCCGGUGGCAGCUUUGGCCUCCUCAUCCUCUGCUCCUUCAGACCCAGAUGAAGUCCUUAAGGCUGAGGAAAAGUGUGUGGAACGGUCACUUCACCGAUCCCAUUUAGCCGCUGCCUGGGCCGUCAAAGCUUCUACAGCGGCUUCAUUCUUUACGCGAACUUCAAUCAAGUGGGUGAAGCAGCUGUGGGAUAGGAUCCCCUCUUCAGAUGUCCGUGCCCACCAGGACAUCAACAAGAUAAUGGCGGCUACUGAAUUCACGGCAGAUGUCAUCCUGCAUAGCACCAGAUUUGCCACGAAAGCCAUUGCUUCCUCGGUUGCAGCCAGGUGCAUGUGUUGGCUGCGCAACUGGCAAGCUGAUGGCAGACGUAAAUGGAAAUUGGCGUCUGCUCCGGUCCAAGGGGAGAAGCUCUUCGGGGAGGUCCUUGAGCCCCUUCUUAUUGAGACCAAGGACAAACGCAAGAUUCUUCUUCACUCCUUAAAAGGGUGGAACAUCGAGCCUCUCCUUAUUUCAAGUGCUCUCAGUUCAGAGGAGAGCCAACUUCCAGUUUUCACCGGCCGUCGAAACCUGCCUAUCAACAUCAAGAACCAGUUUUCCUCCAAACGGCCCUUUCGAGGAGGAGGAAGUCACCCGUACCAUACCGUCGCCAGCGCUAGUCCUCAGUCCAUUCCCAUUGGUGGCCGUUUAGCUUUGUUUGCGGACCAAUGGGAGGGUCCUUACCAGUUCCCAGGGGGCAUCACAGCCCAUUCCACCCGUAGUGCAGCUACGACAGUGGCAUGGGCUACACAGGCGUCGGUGGAAGAGAUCGGCAGGGCUGCUACCUGGACUUCACCUUCGCCUUUCAUCCGUCACUAUCGCCUGGACUCCUUUGCGUCAGUGGAUGCGGCAUUUGUGUACUUUAUAAUUUUUGGGCCUAAUUCUGCAUUUUUCUUCCAGUCUGAAAGGCACUUUAUCAUGCAAGUAGUCUGUGAAGCGACACAGUGUCCUGAUACUAGGGUGCGAGUAGCUGCCUUACAGAACUUGGUGAAGAUUAUGUCCAUUUAUUAUCAGUACAUGGAAACUUAUAUGGGUCCUGCACUUUUUGCUAUCACAAUUGAAGCCAUGAAAAGUGAUAUUGAUGAAGUGGCUCUGCAAGGUAUAGAGUUCUGGUCAAGUGUCUGUGAUGAAGAAAUGGACCUGGCUAUAGAAGCUUCAGAAGCAGCAGAACAAGGACGGCCUCCAGAGCAUACCAGUAAAUUCUAUGCCAAGGGUGCUCUCCAGUAUCUAGUUCCAAUUCUGACACAAACAUUGACGAAACAGGAUGAGAGUGAUGAUGAUGAUGACUGGAACCCCUGUAAAGCAGCUGGGGUCUGCCUGAUGCUUCUGGCAACCUGUUGUGAAGAUGACAUUGUCCCACAUGUUUUGCCCUUCAUUAAAGAACACAUAAAAAAUCCUGACUGGCGAUAUCGAGAUGCUGCUGUCAUGGCAUUCGGGUGCAUUUUAGAAGGCCCAGAACCCAGCCAGCUAAAACCCCUCGUCAUUCAGGCUAUGCCUACUCUUAUAGAGUUAAUGAAGGACCCCAGCGUAGUAGUCAGAGAUACAACCGCAUGGACUGUGGGUCGGAUUUGCGAGCUGCUACCUGAAGCAGCCAUAAAUGAUAUUUACCUCGCUCCAUUGUUGCAGUGUCUAAUUGAAGGCUUGAGUGCAGAGCCAAGAGUGGCCUCCAAUGUCUGCUGGGCUUUCUCUAGUUUGGCAGAAGCUGCUUAUGAAGCUGCUGAUGUGGCUGAUGACCAAGAGCCUGCAACCUACUGCUUAUCCUCAUCCUUUGAAUUAAUUGUUCAGAAGCUUUUAGAGACCACAGACAGGCCUGAUGGACAUCAGAACAACUUGAGGAGUGCUGCAUAUGAAGCUCUAAUGGAAAUUGUCAAAAAUAGUGCUAAGGACUGUUAUCCUGCUGUCCAGAAGACAACUUUAGUUAUCAUGGAACGGCUGCAACAAGUGCUCCAAAUGGAGUCUCAUAUUCAGAGCACAAGUGACAGAAUCCAGUUCAAUGAUCUUCAGUCUUUGCUAUGUGCUACGUUGCAGAAUGUCCUUCGUAAAGUCCAGCACCAUGAUGCUUUGCAGAUUUCAGAUGUGGUGAUGGCAUCUCUUUUGAGGAUGUUCCAAAGUACGGCAGGAUCAGGAGGUGUCCAAGAGGAUGCCCUCAUGGCUGUUAGCACUCUGGUAGAAGUGUUAGGAGGGGAGUUUCUCAAGUACAUGGACGCCUUCAAACCUUUCCUGAGUAUUGGUUUAAAAAAUUAUGCUGAAUAUCAGGUCUGCCUGGCUGCAGUGGGCCUAGUGGGUGACUUAUGUCGGGCUUUGCAGUCCAACAUUCUGCCAUUUUGUGAUGAGGUUAUGCAGCUGCUUUUAGAAAAUUUGGGGAAUGAAAAUGUGCACCAGUCUGUUAAACCACAAAUUCUCUCAGUAUUUGGAGACAUUGCUCUUGCAAUUGGAGGAGAAUUUAAAAAAUACUUAGAAGUUGUAUUGAAUACUCUACAGCAGGCUUCUCAAACCCACAUUGAUAAGUCUGAUUAUGAUAUGGUAGACUACCUGAAUGAACUGCGAGAGACCUGCCUGGAAGCAUACACAGGCAUCAUUCAGGGUCUGAAAGGAGAUCAAGAGAAUGUACAUCCGGAUGUGAUGCUGGUGCAACCUAGAGUAGAAUUCAUCUUGUCUUUCAUUGACCAUAUUGCUGCAGAUGAAGAUCAUAGUGAUGGAGUCGUAGCCUGUGCAGCAGGACUGAUGGGGGAUUUGUGCACAGCAUUUGGGAAAGAUGUCCUCAAGAUGGUAGAAGCUAGGCCCAUGAUACAUGAAUUGCUAACUGAAGGAAGAAGAUCAACAGCGAACAAAACAAAAACCCUUGCUACCUGGGCCACUAAAGAGUUAAGAAAACUGAAAAAUCAAGCUUGAUCUAUUACUAUUGGGAUGACACCUGAGACCCCCACUGGAAUUCUCCAAUCUAUUGAGGAAAAAAAAACCAACCCGAAGUGAGGAGUGUGCGCGAAUGCUGAGUGUUUGGAAAUGAGAGGAUGAGUGAGAGGCUUAAACACACCAUGGUGAAAAUCCAGCCACGGCAAAUGGCAGAACCACUGUUAAUGGAGCUGACUUCAAUAGCAACAAAACUUUGUCAUCGCUUGCCUCUAGGAAGUGGAAAAUGAUUUGAGUUCUAUACAUCAGUACAGUCUCUUCUGACAAGAGACAAGUACUAAUUAUCUGUCUUUUGGGCAGUGAAGAGGAAGUUUACGAUAGAGAAAAGCUAGCUUCAGGUUCAAUUUGAGUACUCACAUAAUAAGGUCUGGCUUUUGUUGCUAGAGAGAAGGUGGGGUCCCCAGCCCACCAGUUACCUUUUUUUCAGGAGGGAGGGAGGAGUUUUUGGACACACACUGUUCGUGCAUAAGACAAUGGGAAGGGUGAAGGAUUUUCUUUCAAGUGUGUGUGUGUGUGUGUGUGUGUGUGAAUGAAUGAAUGAAUGAAUGAAUGAGGCAGUAUCUACAUUCUCAAUUGCAGUUCAUGUUUCCCAAAAGAAACGCUGAAAAGAUUAGCAGUUGCAUUUCCUAAACUAACACAUCUACUUGAAGUGGCAGAAAAGUAUGAGUUUUGAAGGAGGAGGAGUAAAGAGAAGUUGCCCAGUGUAGGGCUUCUUUAGGGGAUAGUAAGAGAGAUGUUCAAAGCUCCUGUUAUGUCUUUUUUCACAAUCUUGUUUCAUUAAAAAGCGCCUUUCCUUCCUGAAUUUUGUUCAAUUGUGAAUGUAGAAACGGGGUGGGGUGAGAGGUGGGUAGGAUGUCCAGAAGACUCUCACAUGUUAGUUGGAGAGAUUAGGAUCCUGUUUUUUCAAAUGGGAUGUGAGGCUUUGAAACAAAACACAACUUUGAAUUAGUGAUAAUAAAAACAAGCAAAAGGGACAAAGCCCCCUUUGGGUGUGAACAAAGCCCGAACCAUACACGAUUGUGCCAAAGAAUUUUUAAAAAGUCUAAACAAACAAAAAACCUUUCAGGAAAUAUUGGGUUGCAAAAAUGAAGUUGAAAUUAAAUGUUCAAAGAAAAAAAAAGAUAAAAGUACAAUUUGGAAACUGCUUUGCCUAUUUGUUAUCUUUAUUUGGUUCUGC